GCAGACCUCGAUCGCAGUUACUCCCUGCCUUCCAUCGUCUCAGAGGGUGAGGGCCUCCCCGGACCGCGACUUUCUCCACACCCCUCUUGCAAAACUAGAGGGAAACGAAACCGAAAGUGCGUAACGCCGGAGAAACCUUCUGAAAGAAAAUGGCCAGUGGAGAAGGAACAACUUCUGAUGCUGGCUACAAGUAUGUGGAAAUUCUCAAACUUCAUGCAGUAGCAGUCAAUAAGACCUUGACCUGGAAAGAGUCACAAACUGGACCAUCUCAUGACCCUGUGUUCAUAACUUCUGCAGAACUUGGGGAUACAAUAUACCCUGAGGCCCAGGGCAAAACGAAGAAGAAAGCUAAACAGUUUGCAGCUAAGAAUGCUUGUGAGUCACUGAACCUUCUAGAUACAUUAGCUGAGCAGCCUCCCAACAUCUCCAGCCGCAUACCGAGCCCAGCUGGCAUGGAAAAUUACAUCAGCAAGCUCAAUGAGUACAAGCAGAAGAAUGGCUUGGAAGUACGGUACGAUAUUAACCAGCUCAUUACAGGGAUGGCCCACAUUCAAAAGUUUAGUUGUCAAGUUCUCAUUGGUGAUAGAAAAUACCCAGAAGGCUUUGGAGGAAGCAAGCAAGACGCCAGGAGAGAAGCCGCAAGGCUUGCAUAUGAGGAAAUUGGGAAAUAUCAAUGUACUUCCAAGGAUCUCGAGAAAUCACUGGUAGAUGUGAGGAAUGAGGAAGAGCCCAAGGAGAAUGCAGAAGACUUUCCUGUCCAGAAUCCCCAAAGGUUAACAAAAGAUGAGGCAGCUCGGCAGGAAGAGACGAGUAAUCUGCCCUCCAGUGUGGCUGCCGCUGAAAUCUCCACAGACUUCAGUUCCAGAAUGUCAUUCAGAGGUUCAGCAAAUGCGGUUGGAGAACUGAACGAGUUUUGCCAAAAGAGAGGACGGUCCCUUGACUUCCUGCAAGUGGAACAGCGAGGACCUUCUCACGUCCCAGAGUUUAUUCUACAAUGCGUAAUAAGUGGAAAAAGAUUUCUGAGUGCCACUGGGAAAAAUAAACAAGAUGCCAAGCAGAAAGCAGCAUCUCUGGCUUUGGAAGAACUGAAAAAGUCCAAUGAUCUAUCAUUGUCAUCAGGAAGCGAGCAAAGCAGAAGCUGGGAACAGGGAAGUGACAAACAAUGGGACAUGUCGAACUCUGCUUCAGCAGAUCCAUCUACACCCAGCACGGCGAAUACCUCUGGGUCCAGAUCGCGAAGGCGAUUAGCACCAACUUGGACGAGUACGACAGAAUCUUUCAAGGGGAGUGGAAAAGGUGAAAGACUAAAAAUAAGCAUGAAUGAAUUUACUGACAGAGAAUUAAUCGGCGAAGGCGGAUUUGGCCGUGUUUAUAAAGCGAAGUAUACUGUUGAUGAACAGUUCUAUGCGAUCAAGGAAAUUCCUACAGGGGACGACCGCGCAAGACGAGAGGCCAUGUCAUUGGCAAAUAUGGAAAAUCCCAACAUUGUUCGAUACCACAUUUCCUGGUUUGAAGAGAGGGAUAACAAGAAAUACCUGUACAUCCAAAUGAAGUUGUACGAGAAGAACUUAAGUGUCUGGAUGCAGGAGAGCUAUCAGGAACAGCAGGUCGAAGUUUCCUUAAACAUAAUGCGUCAGUUGUUGGAUGGCGUUGAGUACAUUCAUCGGCAGAACUUGAUUCAUCGGGAUCUGAAGCCGGCAAACAUCUUCCUAAUCAAAGGAGAGAAGCUGGAGGCAAAAAUUGGUGACUUUGGCCUCGUUAGGGUGAACGAUCAGAAUCUGCUCACCAGGCACGUUGGGACAUCUUCCUACAUGAGCCCAGAACAGUUCACAGAAGACGGCUACAACCACAAGGUCGACAUCUUUGCCUUGGGACUGAUCUUCUUUGAGCUGCUCUGGAUGUAUCAAGGCACCGAGACAGAAAAACUAAAGAAAUGGAAAACGAUUCGCAAGGGUAUUUUUCCUGGCAAUUUUGCUGAGCAGCAUACCAAAGAGAGCAUCUUAAUCCAAAAAAUGCUGAAGGAGACUGCAGCUGACCGACCAGAGGCUGCUGAGGUGAGGCGGACGAUGGACUCCUCCCAUGCGCAAACCAUUUGAGGGAUCUAAGAAGUAAGAGCCCGCCCCGAUAGCCAUCUCGGAUUGUGGAACGUAAAUAAUCGGCAUCCUUCCUACAGAGAAAUCUUGUCAUGCACUAGGGUCACUUCUGGUACUUUUUAAUAUUAAUUGUUUCAUGCCUAGACUAAGCAGUGUUAAUCAAUGCUUGAUUCCAAGGGUCUGUUUAAUUGGAGGUUCCUGUCAUUGCAAUAGUCAGGUAGUUUUUGAAGUAAUGUAAAGGUUUAUAUACUCAGUGAUCUCUUUGUUAGGUACAGGAGAGGUGUCUGUGGUCUUCCGCUGCUCUAGCCCAUCCACGUGUGCUGCAUUCAGACGCUGUGCUGCCACCACUGUUGGAACACAAGGUUACUUGAGUUACUGUCACCUUCCUGUCAGUUUGAACCAGUCCAGCCAUGCUCCUGUGGUCUCUCUCAUUAACCAGGCGUUUUCACCCAUGGGAUCUUUAUUUUUGUUUUUCGCACCAUUCUCUGUAAAUUCUAGAAAUUGUUGUGCAUGAAAAUCCCAAAAGACCAGCAGUUUGAGAUAUUCAAACCACCCCAUCUGUCACCAACAAUCAUUCCACGAUCAAAGUCACUUAGAUCACAUUCCUUCCCCCAUUUGAUGUUUGGACUGAGCAACAACUGAACCUCUUGACCAUGUCUGCGUGCUUUUAUGCAUUGAGUUGCUGCCACGUCAUUGGCUGAUUAGAUAUUUGCAUUACGGAGCUUGUGUACAGAUGUACCUAAUAAAGUGGCCACUGAGAGCAGAUCAGAAAGCAUUCCGUCCCUUUCCCUCCCCUCACCUCAAACUCACUGCCUCGCCUCCUCACUAGCCCACCCAUCUCCUCAGCCACAUUCCCACCACCUCAAUGCACAUACUUCACUGGCUUGUGCUUCCCCUCACUCCCACCUCCACCCAGAUCCCUCAUCUCCUCACUCCCCACCUCCACCCAGAUCCCUCUUCCCCUCACUCCCCACCUCCACCCAGAUCCCUCAUCUCCUCACUCCCCACCUCCACCCAGAUCCCUCUUCCCCUCACUCCCCACCUCCACCCAGAUCCCUCAUCCCCUCACUCCCCACCUCCACCCAGAU